AUGAUACCUGAUAUAUUAUCAUUAACUUUGGCAACUGAUGAUAAGUAUAAUGGAGAUUCUUUUGGUAUUACCGAGUCUAUGAAGGAUGAAGAAAUAAAAAUGAUUCGAUCUUCUAAUGAUUGUGUUCAAAAAUUGCGAGAAAAUGUCGAAGCUGGAAUGGCUAUGGAUGAUAAAAAAAUUGCUCGUUUAAAAUUUCUCUUAGAAAAAUCUAAAAUUUAUACCUUAAUUCUUAGUGAAAAAUUACAAAAACAACAGGUUUUGUGUAAUGAAAUAAAAAAAAGACUAAAAUCUUCUGAAAAAGAAAAAGAGAAGAUGAAUAGUAAGUUCGCUGACUCCAGUUUAUCGGGUUAUUCCGGAUUUUACGAAAAACAAGAGGGAAAUAUUUCGAAAUUUGCUAAGAAUAAAAUUUUAGUAAAAAAUAAAAAAGUUAUUGAUAAAUCUAAGACUGCUCAUGGGAAUUACAGUAUUACAGAUUAUUUUACUAAAAAGGAAAUAGAUGAUAUUGUUUCAGCAAAGUCUGUGACAGAGAUAUUACAUGAAACUGAAAUUGAAAAUAAUAAAUUUAAAAAUUGUUCUGAUGCUAAUCCUUCUGAAACGUCAUUUACUUUUGUUUCUCAGCCAAAAUUAGUUACCGGAUGUGUUUUACGUGAUUAUCAGCUUGCUGGUGUAGAAUGGUUAGCAUCACUUUAUGAAAAUGGUUUGAAUGGAAUUCUUGCAGACGAAAUGGGUUUAGGGAAGACGCUUCAAACUAUUUCUUUCUUGGCUUUUUUACGUGAAAAGGGAACGUAUGGACCUUUUUUAAUUGCUACGCCUUUGUCUACUAUUAGUAAUUGGGUUUCUGAGUUUAAAAGAUUUACUCCUGAAAUUCCUGUUCUUUUAUAUCAUGGAUCUAAACAAGAACGUUCUGAUCUUCGAAAAAACAAAAUGGGAGCUGUACAUCCUGAUUUUCCUAUUAUUGUAACUUCCUAUGAAAUAAUUAUGAAUGAUAGGCAGUAUUUGAAGCAUUAUCAAUGGAAAUAUAUCGUAGUUGAUGAAGGGCAUCGUAUUAAAAAUCUAAAUUGUAGAUUGAUUCGUGAACUUAAAGGUUAUGAUUCUGCAAAUAGACUGCUUUUAACGGGAACACCUCUUCAGAAUAAUUUAACAGAACUUUGGAGUUUACUUAAUUUCCUUUUGCCCGAUAUUUUUGACGAUUUGGAUUUGUUUCAAAGCUGGUUUGAUUUUUCUGCAUUUCAAGAUAAGAAUCAAAAUACAUUGUUUCAUGAUAUGGAUAUAAUAUCUACUCUCCAUUGUAUUUUGAAACCUUUUCUUUUACGUCGUUUAAAAGCUGAUGUGGAGCAAUUUGUUUCAAAAAAGAGGGAAUAUAUUCUUUAUGCCCCUAUGACUGUUUAUCAAAAUGAACUUUAUAAUGCUAUUUUAAAUAAAAAUAUUCAGAAUAAAUUAAUGGAAAAGAAUCUUGAUUUUGCUGACAAUCUAUCUUUAAAAGCUGAUGAUGAGGAUUUAUCUAUUCAAGAUUCUCGUCCUUCAAAAUAUCUUAAACUUAGCCGGUUUGUUCCUCGUAAAACUCGGUCUAAGAUUUCAUAUUGUGAACUAAGCGAUGAUGAAUCUCUUGAUCGUUUAGAUAAAUUCGUAUCUAAGGGAGAUGUAAUUAAACGCGAGCAUUCGUAUAAAGAAAAGCACGAAAAUCAUAUUUCUCAAUUAAAAUUGCAGAAUCUUGUCAUGCAAUUGAGAAAAGUAUGUAAUCAUCCUUAUAUGAUAGAUUUUCCUACUCAUCUUAAUACAAAUGAAUUUUUAAUUGAUGAAAAUAUUGUGAAUAUGUCAGGAAAAAUGUUGCUAUUACGACGUCUUCUUGUUGCUCUUUUUAAAGAUGAUCAUAAAGUUUUAGUUUUUAGUCAAUUUUCGAAAAUGCUUGAUAUUAUUGAACUAUGGGCUGUUGAUAUACAGAAGUGGGAAAUAUGUAGAAUAGAUGGUCUUACUAAGCAGAAUGAAAGGAAAGAACAGAUAGAAGAGUUUUAUAAAAAUCCAGAUAUAAAGUUAUUUUUGCUAUCUACUAGAGCAGGAGGGUUAGGUAUUAAUCUUACAGCAGCUGAUACUGUGAUUAUUUUUGAUUCGGAUUGGAAUCCACAGCAGGACCUUCAGGCUCAAGAUCGAGUUCAUCGUAUUGGUCAAACCAAGCCAGUUAUUGUAUAUCGUUUGAUUUCUGCAAAUACUAUUGAGAAUAAAAUAUUAGAAAAGGCUAAUGCAAAACGGCGCCUUGAAGAACUUGUUAUUCAAAAGGGCAAAUUCAAGUCGCUUAUGCCAACUUUAUUUUCUAAAAAUGAUAUAGAAGAGCUAUCUUCAAUGCUUUUAUCUGAAGAUCCAAAGAAAAUCAUUUUAGAAGAGGGAAAUGAUGAAAUUCUUUCAAAUGAGGAUUUAGAAAGUCUUUUAGAUAGAAGUGAUGAAGCAUAUUUGAAUUUAGAAAAGAAAAAUAUUACAUGUGUAAAUUAUAGAUUUGUAGAUUAA